AUGCCAUACAACACCAGAAGAAAGUCGCUGUCUCUCUCCGAGCUUGGUAUCACUGUCCCCAAACGCUCGCGAGCUUCUUCGCAGUCGCACCCCUCGCCGCCAGCCACGGUCAUCGAUGACGAGCCCGUCACCAAGAAGCCCAAGAGGUCGCACGACUCGCUGUCCCCUCCUCCGGCAUUGAUGAGCCCACCAAAGACAAAAACUUUGUCUAUCCGUACAGAGCCGCCGUCGCGACUGGCCGAACACACUCCUCCGCCAUCCCCAGGAACCCAGACUGUGCACACAAUUGAUACCGAGGGCAUUAGCGACGAUGUGGUUGUCGCAACCAUCAAGCAGUUGGAAAAGACUGCCAACAGGCCGCAUCUGGUAAAGGAAUUGGCUGCAGUCUUGUGUCACUGCAUAGGCGCCGUGGAGAACUACCUCAACCGCACCUGGCCCGCCGUCAGCCCUUGUCCGCUGGCUAAGUACCAGUCUCAAGUCCACCCCCGCCCGCUAUACUAUUUUUUGACCACACAACCCCACCAACCUAUUCCUGAACUGUCGCAUUCUCACGACACUCCCGCCGCCCGUCGCAUCAUUACUCCAGCUCUCUCAUCGGCCGCCGACGACGAAGACGAGAAAUACAGCAGGUCACGCGCCUCGCUCUCUCCCGAAGUCGAUUUGUCUAGCCCCGAAUUGGACGAGCCACCGCAUGGCGAUAUUGGCUCCACAUUCCACCCUCGCCAUUCGCUCUCGCGCGAUCACCCUCCAACCACGUCCAACCUAGCCCACAACCGCCGUGCCGAUAGCCCUCCUCUCGAGCGUGAGGAACGCGACUUCAAGCAGACGGCAAACGCCCUGCAAGAGCUUCGUCGUGCAAGCCAGGAAGUCAUUACCAAGCCCAUCAAGGUUGAGGCUUCCGAGACCAUUGCAUUGUCGGUCGAGUCGGACGACAACAACGUCCAGACCACCAACGACCUCUUUGAUGGUCAGGAUCACCUCUCCUCCUCCGUGAGCACCCUCUACGAUCUGAGCAGUCCUGUUCUGAGACCCCAGGGUUUUUACGAUCUCAAGACGCAGCAAGCCCAGGAUUGGAACGUCGAGAAGAGACUCUCCAUUGAUGCAAUGUCUUUGGAUGACCAGGACGAUGAUGCCGUGGACAUGUGGAAUGACUUCCGCAGCCCCGAGAACAUUGAUCUCAACGAGCUUGAAUGCCUCUUGGACGCCUACUAA